GCCCCACGCGACGUGCAGGCCCUUACUGCUCGUCACGCGAAAGCGGGGACACUUGGCUCGUGUCUGUCGUCGUGGCCAGAAGUUCAUCGCAAGUGCAACUGUUCGGCUCCCCGAAUCCACCACCAUGAGGAUCGGCGUUCUUUUGCUGGCGCUCGCUGCCGUCCUGGUCGCCGCGGAGGCCCACGGCUCCAAGUUGCUGCCAGCAAUGCGGGCAAGCCUCUCGCUGGGCUCCAGCCUGCUGCGUCACGUGGCCGAGAUCAAGGACCGGCUGCGCGAGGACAUUGAACGCCAACUGCUGCGUCACGUCGAGCAUCAUCAUCAUCCGGGGCUCCACUUCAUGUUCGGGCUGCCCAGUUGGAAGAAACCCGCGCUGCAGCAGCUGUGGAUGAGUCCUGCGUUCCACAGCUCCUUCAGCUUCCAAUCGAGCUCCUCCGGUCCACACAUGCUGCCGCUGCCUUUCUUCCCUCGGCCCAUGCCCACCAUUGCGAUUGCACCCUGCCGCAACAUCAGGACCCGCAUCGCGCACUUGGUAUUGCCUUGCAUCCGGAUAGCCUCUGGAGAGUUCCAGCGACCGGCCGCUGGCCUUGGAGCUUCGCAGCCCAACAACGACACACAGGGAACGUCGAACGUCACGGCUGACACCACCAGUGACCUCGCCCCGAGGGUUCCGACGAGCACGGUGACCUACGGCACAGAUCCCGUGGAACAGUACGUCACAGGUGUGGUCACCCGAGCCGUAGACGUCACCACAAACGGCGAGACGACGUCCACCCCAACCUACGAGACCACAACCGAAAACGGCGAGACGACGUCCACCCCAACCUACGAGACCACAACCGAGACCGGGGAGGUGACGCCCACUACGAGCGAGCUGUCAAGUGACGUUACGGCGACAGACGCAGUCUCAUUGGCGCUCGGCACGCGUGCUGACGACGUGACAACUGUCACAGACAGCCCGGACGUCGAAGUCACUAGCGAAGCUGGAUAUGAUAAGUAUACGGCACAGGAGCCCGCUAAUUUGGACAGGAAAGGGAACAUGAUCAUGGACAUGUUCGGUAUCCCUACCAAAAGCACUAAUGGCAAUGCUCGGAACACCACGGAACAGCCCACGUCUUCUGCCACCGAUGACAUGAACUUCAACGACAUCCUGAAAGAAGCCGAGGCCGCCUUUGCGAAGUUGUCCGAUCAGUAACUCUACAGCGGACAAUGGAUCUUACAAUGACUUGAGUGACAUUUAUUUAUUUUCCGUUGUAAAUAUGUGAAUAAACUCAUUGCAAUACCUACA